AUGGUACUCCAGACCCGCACACUUGCCGCCUCUGUCCAUAAGAUAGCCCUGCCGGAGAAGGCAAAAUGGUCGCUGCUGUGCAACAUUGUCAUACUCCCCCAGGCUGCGUCCGAGCUGUCGAGGUUGCUCCCUCUUCCAGCUUCUGUAAUCGCUAACGAGAUCGUUGUCAUCUGGGUUGCCAACCAAGCAGAGCCUCUCACUGCUGACAAGAUCCCCAAGAAGCUACUCACCGUCCGCCGGGACAAAAUGAUUGCCGCUCUGCGGUGGUUGAAAAAGAACAACCCUCUCUAUAGUGAUGUCUCCAUUGAUGGGAAUGCGUUGACUACCUACCCCGAGGGCGGACACCUGCCAAUGCCUUGCUUCAAUUCUGUUGCCUCCGCUUCCACCGAAGCCGAAGGUGCUGGAUAUGUCCCCCCUGCCACGGCUCCUUCUCAGUCGUCUGACGCUUCCCAGAUACGCCAGCAACUGAGUUGA